ACUUAUGAACGUAUUCCUAUAUACAUACGGUCACACGGUAAUCGUUAAUAUUUAAUACAUGUUUCAUUAUUUUAAAACCUAUAUAAUAUGAUGACCGAUUGUUAUGGUUAAAUAAACACUCUUUUGAUGUAAUCAUUUAUUCAACAGGAGACAGUUUUGACAGCACAGCUCGAAAUAAAUCACGGGGUUAGUGUUGAACACAGCGACAGUAGCCAUUCAUUCAUUAACUGCUGAAACUCAUAAGAACUUAAUAAUUUAAAAAAAUUAUAAAUCCUAUGGCGCUGACCAAUACAUUGUUGUUGGCGCUUUGUGCUAAUUGGCCACCGUUGAACAUUACAGAAACUACUUUACUGCCACCGUGGAAAUGGAUUUCCGAGCAUAAAGCGAAAUACAUAAAUAGUAGUGAAUACCAGUGUGAUUUGAAAAACAAUUUUCAAAUUCAAUACGAAAUUCUGCGGGGUAAAAGGUUGAAAAUUGCUACAUUUCCAAAUUCGAAACCUUUGAGUUGGGUUACAAAAGAAAUAAACGGUACACUUAUCGGUCACGGAAUUGCAUUUGAAAUUGUAGAAACGCUUCGUCAACGUUAUGGAUUCACUUACGAUGUAGUGGUACCAACGAGAGAAACCUUGUUAAAUGAAAAUGGCAGCAUCAUCUAUAUGCUAGUUAAUGGGGAAGUAGAUAUGGCAGCUGCUUUUAUACCGGUUUUGCCGGGACUGGAUGACAUUGUAAAGUGGGGUAUAGAGUUGACUCAAUUCCAAUAUGUUGUGCUUAUGAAAAGACCUAAAGAAAGUGCUACUGGAUCUGGUUUAUUAGCACCUUUUGAAAUGGAGGUGUGGUUUUUAAUUUUGAUGUCACUAAUAGCAGUGGGUCCAAUUAUUUAUGGUAUUAUGAUGUUAAGACAUAAACUCUGCGGUCAUGAGUCAGGGGUUUAUCCAAUACCCACGUGUAUUUGGUUCGUAUAUGGUGCGUUAAUGAAACAAGGAUCAUCCUUAAACCCAGAUACUGAUUCUGCUAGACUCAUAUUUGCUACUUGGUGGAUAUUCAUAAUGAUAUUGACUUCAUUCUAUACGGCAAAUUUGACUGCGUUUUUAACACUGUCUAAAUUUACGUUACCCAUAAAGAGAAUAGAAGAUAUUGCGAGUAAUGAGUACCGAUGGAUUUCUUCAGAGGGUAGCGCCGUCGAAUACAUCGUCAAGGUUGAUAAUGAUCUAAAGCCACUAAGACAAUCAAUGUUUGAGGGAAAUGGUCAAUUUAUGGUAAUAAAUAUCGACGAAAUUGAUACGAUUUUAAAAUAUAUUUCAUCAGGAACGUUGCUUCUACACGAUAAGAAUUGGCUAAAUUUUUUAAUGUUGCACAUUGAAAGGUCAAUAACGGAUGACAAGGAACGGUGUCGUUAUGUAUUGACCACAGAUCCAUAUUUGACAAGAUCAAUGUCAUUUGUCUACCCUAAACAUAGUAUUUUACCACCGCUUUUCAAUCCUAUAAUGCUGUCGUACAUGGAGUCGGGCAUCGUGAGGCAUCUGCAAACCAAAGACCUGCCGGAGGCUGUAAUCUGUCCACUUAACCUGGGCAGCAAGGAGCGGCAGCUCCGCAACUCAGACUUGUUCACCACGUACGCGGUUGUGGUGUGCGGAUUCUCCAUGGCAGCGGCCGUGUUCACGCUCGAGCUGUUGUCCAGGCGCACCGGAUGGUUCGCGACAACCGACCUCUCCAGUCGGCCUCACGAUCCGCACAGCGGCGUGGUCCGAUGCGAGAUCGCGGUAUUCGGCAAACCAUCCAAGACCAUGUAUCCGUUCAGCCACCGGCACAACGUCAUGAAUGCCGCUUCCGCCACGCAUUUUGUCUUUCACGGAUCGUCGUCAUCGUCGCCGUCGCGCUCUUUUGUCAACGCUCGCAGCAAGAUCGCAUCAGAUUCGUCGUCGUCGUCGUCUUCGCCGUUUUUGUGGUUGGAAGGCAAAUCGUCGCUACGGCGAUUUCAUUAUUGAUCCACACCAUAUAAUAUAGGCUGCGGUUAAUAUAUUAUAUAUGUAUAUAAAUAGAUUACUCUAGUGCAGUGGUUCCCAAACUUUUUCCCAUCGCGGCACAUUAUUAUUAGUUUUUAUAAGUCACGGCACACUUUGGAUAAAUAUUACCUACUUAUCGAAUAAUAUUGUUAUUGGUAAUAAUAUAAAAAAAAGUUCAAGUUGUCGCGGCACACCUUUCAAAUUUCACGGCACACCCUUUGGGAAACACUGCUCUAGUGGUAUAGGAUGUUGAUGAUUUAAAAAAUAAAAAGGAUGACGAUAAAAAAUUACAACUCAAAAAUGAUGUAUUUAUUAUCUGAAAAUAUUUAAAUUACAUAAAAAUAUGUCUGUAAAAGCAUGUGUUGGGUAUAUCUGCGCUAGCACCUGUAUGUGGUAAAUAUAUAUUCACGACAAAAACCUUCAAUAAUCAUAACACUAAUAUUUUUGAAAAUUUAAAAAUUUUCUUUGGAAUCUAAGAUUUAAGAAAAAUGAAACAGAUGAACUAUAAUAAAAAAAUAACGUUGAAAAUAAAAAUAUGUAUAUAUAUUUGUAACUUAAAAAUAACUCAAAUACGCAAAAUUAAACUUAAAUGUACCUAUAACAUUCUGAAUCGAUGAUGUAUGAAAGAUAAUAUGACUUGUAAUCUAAUUAAUAAUGUAGAAACUAUAAAGGAUUAAAGGAAAAAAAGCAAAAGUCAUCAACAUCUUAUCUCUAUUAAUUGUUAUAACUAUACAUGGUUAUUGUAGUGUAGCUGUGUAGGCGCCAGGCGUUUUUAAACCUAAACUUUGAGGUUGGAAUUAAAUAUCUGUAGAAAAGAUAAAAGAUUUCAACUGAGCAAGAAAAAGUUAUUGCACAUUUUUAAAAUUUUAUAAUUGGUUACUUUUUAAUUUAUAAAUAAUAAAUUUUUUCCACAAUCAUUUUUAAAUACUUAACAAUGAAGUAACAAACAUAUUUUUGAGUGCCAUAAUAAAUAAAAAUUUGGCCAACGUGUUGAUUUUGGCGCGCGUAUUAAAGGUUCGUCAUUUCCGAAUAUAGAUAUUGUUAAUAUUAUGUGACUACAGAUUUAAGAUGCACCUAAACUAAAAUUAUUAUUUUUAUUGUUAUAGUUGAUAUGUACAAUAUCUAUCUAUUAUUUUUUUUAUAUAGUAAAACAAGAUAGAAAAGUGGGUACCGCUCUGCUUUACAUUAGGUAUUGAGUGGGUCAUUAUUAUGGGUGUGUUAAAUUUAAUAUUAAAAUUAUGUAUUAUCGUUGUACAUGGAAGUCGAUUCUGAGUAGAACGAUGGUUCUGACAUCCUAAUUAUAUAAUCUAUAUAUUAUUCAUGAUACAUUUUUUGAUAUAGUUAUUAUAUGUAAGUAUAGUUAUUUAUUUUACUUUUAGUAUUAUAGUAUGUUGAUAUAAUUAAUUUCUAAAAUAUUGCAUUAAUAUUUAAUAUUAUAUAUUAGUUUAUUAGUUUAUAUACUUUAUUGAUUUAAUUUAAGUUAACUCAAAAUGUAAUAAUACCUUUCUGUAAAAAUAUUGUAAAAUAGUAAAAAUAGAUUAUUCAUAGUAUAAAUAAAGAUAAUAUCUUAAGAUAAAUCAAAA